AUGUCUGCUGUUCCCCCUCCCUCUGCCGAUCAGGACUACAAGUCUACUCUUCUCCCUCUCCUCAUCUCCAACAAUGUCCUCUCAUUCGGCUCCUACGUCCUGAAGUCCGGCCGCGAUUCGCCCUACUUCUUUACUUCCUCCCUCUUGCACACUGCACCUUUGCUGCGCGCUGCCUCCGCCGCCUACGCCAGUGUUCUCUCCGCUGAGCCAUUCGUCACCAUCAACGCUGACGGCACCGCUCAGCCCAACUUUGACAUCAUCUUCGGACCCGCAUACAAGGGCAUUCCCAUCUGCGCCUCCGUCACCAACGAGCUCGCUGUGCGGGACUCUCUCUCCGGAAAGGGAACUUGGGAUAACGUCAGCUACUCAUUCAACCGCAAGGAGGCCAAGGCUCAUGGCGAGGGUGGAAACAUUGUCGGCGCCCCUCUGAAGGGCAAGCGUGUUGUGAUCGUGGACGAUGUCAUUACUGCCGGUACUGCGCUCCGUGAGGCAGUCGGCAUCAUCGAGAAGGAGGGCGGUAUCGUUGCCGGUGUCGUUGUCCUGCUGGAUCGGGAGGAGCGUGUCAGCGACACUGAGUCCAAGAGUGCCAUCGGCGUCGCUCAGCGUGAUCUCGGCGGCAAGAUCCCCAUCCGCGCUGUCAUUGGUCUGCACGAUCUGAUUGAGAAGCUUGGUGAUAAGAUUGGUGCUGCUGAGAUCCAGCGUCUCAAGGACUACCGUGAGCGCUACGGUGCGCAGUAG